AUGAUUCCUGACAACGGCGCUCUUCUCAACAUCGCAGGCAACUUCUUCUAUGGCGACCCCAUGCUCUACGCCGAUGGCUGCCAGUUCUGCCCCUCGGGGGGUAUCCAGCCCCUUGUUUUAACACCAGAAGACCUCACCGGACCCUCUGGAGGCCGGUGUGGACCCCAGGGGCUGGGAGGAUUUGUUGAGACAGCACGUGCAGGGGCCAACAAGCGCGCCAAGGCGAGUCUGCGGCGGAACUGUUUCACGCUGAACAAGCAGAUGGAGUGCACGGCGAACGAGACGCAGCGCAGCAGCGACGAGUGCCUGGCAUUCUGCAGCAUGUCGCGGGAGCUGGGGCCGUGCGACGGGCACGGAGCGUGUGUGCCGCCGCAGGCGGGGGCAGCAGAGGCGCGCUUCACGUGUGAGUGCGACGACGGCUUCGUCCCCACCAACGGCACCCUCGGCUCCACCUGCGCCCGACCUGCUCCGCCCCCUGCUGCAGCACUCUCCAUGGGCGCAGUGGUGGGCAUCGCUGUGGGCUCUGCUGCCGCCUUUGCUCUCCUCCUCGCUCUCGUUGUCGUGCUGCUUUGGCCUCGCCAACGCAAGUCUGCCCCAGCUUCUGAGUUCACCACAAUGGGUGGUCAACACAGCUAG